AAAUCUUAGUGCCUAGGGAUACUAGGGAUCUAAUGCCAAUGAAUACGGAACCAUGAAGGGCACAUGGAAUCUACCACUUGCUUUGUAUAUGCUCAGCUUCCUGGGAAUCCUGGUGUCUGCCACAAUAGAACAUUACACAAGAUUCCCUUUCAAUUUAAAAUUCAACAUUAUUCAGCACAAAUGCCCACCCAUUAACGAGGGACAGGAUGACCUACCAGGCUUUGAUCUGAUUUCCAAGUUCCAGAUAGACAGAGCUGCAUCUGUUGGGGCUAUACAGACUGUUGUGGGCACAUCGCCGUACCAAGUGGCAUAUCAGUUGGGAACAAAUGUUGACUUCCGGAUUUUGACCAGGCACAUCUAUAGCAGUGGGCUUCCAGAAGAAUAUUCCUUUAUGUUCACCUUCCGGAUGAAAGACAACACAAAGAACAAACACUGGAGUAUCUGGCAAAUUGUAGACUCAGAAGGAAAGCAACAAGCUGCCAUUAACUUUAAUGGCCCUAAAAAAGCUCUUGAGUUCUCUUACAAAGGAGCAGACGGGAAAUUGAACACCCUAAGCUUCACCCACCUCCCCUUUCUGUUUGAUACCAAGUUCCACAAAGUUCUCUUCAGUGUGCAAAAGUCCAGACUCACUCUUUACAUUGACUGCAUCAAAGUGGACUCAUUCCAGCUGGUUCCAAGAGGGAAAAUUAGCGUGGAUGGCUACACCAUUUUGGGCAAGUUGAAGAAUAACCAUGAAGUAUCUGUACCGUUUGACCUCCAAUGGAUGUUAAUCCACUGUGAUCCUCUGAGGCCGGAGAGAGAGGCCUGCACUGAGCUGGAGGCCAGGAGAGCGGUCAGCCAGGCACUGCUCCAGAGAGGACCAGCCGGAGCCGCAGGGCCACAGGGUCCCCCCGGUACACCUGGAGUUCCUGGCAUCGAUGGCAUAGAUGGGGACAGGGGUCCUGACGGGCUGCCAGGCCCACCGGGUUCAGAUGGGGAUGACGGCAAACCUGGAUCGUCCGGAUUACCAGGCGAGCCCGGAGCUGAUGGACUGACAGGACCUGACGGAAUUCCUGGUCCUGGUGGCCCAAGAGGGCAAAAGGGUGAACCUGGAUUGCCGGGUUCUCGAGGACUAUCAGGUGGAGGAGUUGCAGGACCACGGGGUGUACCUGGCCCCCCUGGACUUUUAGGAGAAUUGGGCCGUGGUGGACCAGUGGGCGAUGCUGGUGGAAGAGGUACUCCAGGACCUCCAGGACCACCAGGUCCUAGAGGGACAGUUGCUCUGCCUGAAGGAGAUCCCCUGUGCCCUAAUUCAUGCCCACCAGGUCGUCCAGGAUAUCCAGGUCUGGCUGGAAUGAAGGGUCACAAAGGUGUAAAAGGAGAAGCAGGGGAGCCAGGAAAGCAAGGCCAUAAGGGAGAAGAAGGGGAACAAGGAGUUAUUGGUGAAAUUGGCGCUCAAGGGCCUUCAGGGCCACAAGGUUUAAGAGGAAUAACUGGUGAAAUGGGAGCAAAAGGUGGCAAGGGUGGUCGUGGAACAGAUGGAGAGCCUGGUCCUCAAGGUGUGGCUGGUGCAUCUGGUGACCUAGGUCAGCGAGGUUCAGUCGGAGAAGCUGGGCCAAAAGGUGACAGAGGAGUUGCAGGACCAAGAGGCAAUACUGGCAUGCCAGGGUCAAAAGGAGAAUCGGGGCUGCCAGGCGUGGAUGGUCGGGAUGGAAUCCCCGGAAUGCCAGGAGGAAAGGGUGAUUCUGGAGAGCCUGGAGCCCCAGGAGAAGUUGGACUUCAGGGAUUGCCAGGUAUGCCAGGCAAUCCAGGUGCCAAAGGAACAGCUGGAGGGAAGGGUAAUUCCGGUGCUCCUGGUGUACCUGGACUAAUGGGAAACUCUGGUAAACCUGGGGAUCAAGGACCUCAAGGGGAAGUUGGCCCAAUAGGACCCAUUGGACCUCCGGGUAGCAGGGGAGAGACUGGUCCCAUUGGCCCACCUGGAAUACCUGGGAAACGAGGUCCACAAGGAGAUCCUGGCUUUUUAGGUUUGCCAGGACCCAAUGGUCUUCCUGGACUGAAAGGUGACAGGGGUGGAGUUGGUGAGACUGGACCUAAAGGUGAGCAGGGUAGUUCUGGAGAAGAAGGAUUUGGCGGAGAAAAGGGUGAACAUGGAGAUGUAGGAAAUCAAGGACCAAAAGGAUCUACUGGAAAUCCUGGUGGGCCUGGUAAUCGUGGUCCAGAAGGAGGUCGUGGGCAACCAGGUGUAGAGGGUCCUCAAGGUUCAGCUGGUCCCCGUGGUAUGCAAGGUGAACAAGGUGCCCCUGGCUUGCCAGGAAGCCAGGGUCCUGCAGGGAGAGAACCAACAGAUCAGCACAUUAAACAAGUAUGCAUGAGAGUUUUGCAAGAACAGUUAGCAAAUUUGGCAGCCAGUCUACGAAGACCAGAAUCUGGUGCAGUUGGCCUACCUGGACGACCUGGUCCACCAGGAUCCGCAGGAUCUCCGGGAGAUAAUGGCGUACCUGGACAUGUUGGUCCAAGAGGACUUCCUGGGCUCAAAGGUCCUAAUGGGCAACUUGGUCUUAAAGGUCCAAAAGGAGAUUCUGGUGAAAGAGGAGAAAGAGGAUUACCAGGAAGAGGUGCAAAGGGAAUGCAAGGAAUACCAGGUCUUACAGGUGAACCAGGCAAACCAAGCUAUGGCCGAGAAGGCCGUGAUGGGGAGAGAGGCCCACCUGGCCCUGGUGGGCAGCCUGGUAUUCCUGGAUCACCAGGCUCCGCCGGUCCUGCAGGAUGGUGUGAUCCUUCUUCUUGCAGCCUCCAGGCCAUUGCUGCACCCCAGUCUGCUAAAGAUUCAAACAUGAAAGGGCCUUGAACUUCUAAUAUCAUGUUACUGUCUGCACAACCAACAUCGCAGAAUGAAAGGAAGGGGAGAGAUGAUAGACAAGACUCUAUUUUCUUCUAAACAGCAGACACUAACAUACUGUGACAUUCAUACAGUAACUACCGAAUUUGGAAAGAAUGAUGGUGCUUAGAAAAAACAAAGAAAUCCAUGAAGAUCUCCUCCAUAAGCAGCUUUGAAAAAAUGUUUAAAAAACAAUUACUCUAAUAAAUAUUUUUAACUUGCAGUUUCCCACUACACAGAUAAAGUCCACGGACAAAGAAAUACCUUGCCUUGAUUAAAGCCUCAAGUUUUAAUCGCAACUAUAGUAAUUGUGUAUAAACUCACUGUAUACUUAAAGGUAUAGAAAAAAGACAUAUAGCAUACAAUUCAAAAAGUACAAAAUAAACAACACUCAACUGCAAGUCAAUUAACAAGUGUGAAAUAUACAAACUGAUGUAAGAUCCAACAGCAAAGUCCCAGCCCAAAUAAUAACCAACACACUCUUCUGGUCUAUUACCAGUCCUUUGUGUGUUUUGCAUUGGUUCUCUGUAUGUUCAUAUGUAUAAACUGGAGGGAAAUGGUUCCUGUAAAAAUGUGGUACACUGAGUACACAACAUGUGCUGUAAAUCUAUGUAAAUGUGCUAUGGGUUAAUCUGACCACCAGUAUGUCUUUGUCUUGAAGAUGCAUUCUAAUUAAAGUUAAAAUUUUUUUCUUUAGCUUACAUCAUCGCUAAGCAUUGUGGGUAUGAAACAUGUAUUACCUAGCACCGUCUAUGUGUGACAUCCACUCUGCAAUGUGAUGAAAGCAAUAACAGAUUUUAAUAUCCAGAAAUAAAAUUGUUUUAUAACUGAGAAUAUUUAUUUUCAUGUGGCAUCCCUGGUUGUAUGAGAAAGAAAAAGAAGAAAUAAAUUCUGUUUCGUAA